AUUAUAUUAAGUGGCAGCAACAGCUAUUGCUAAUGUCACUUAUAAAUGUCACUUUGACAUUUACUAAGAAUAUAGAAAACAAAAGAGAUUUAACAACAAACAAACAGCGGCCAAUAUACAAGACAAACAAAAAUUGCAAAUCAUUUACAAGACAAGAAUUUCCUUAGUGUUUUUUUGUGAAAUUAUUUAAAAAAAGAAAGAAAAAUGUCUAAUUUAACUGAAGUUGAAAAUUUGUAUAAAGAAUUAAAUACCGAAUGGCAUAAAAAACCACAAAAUAUUAAGAAAUGUGGACAAUUGCUGGAUCAAUUAAAGGUGGCCCUGACUAAAUUGGCCUUUUUGCCUACAAAAGAUGUUAAAUCUUCUAAAAAUGAAAUGAUCUUGUCACGCAAUGUCUUGGAAAUUGCAGUAGAAUAUAGUGUAGUCACCAAAGACAUACCAGCCUUUGAGAGAUACAUGUCCCAAUUAAAGUGUUAUUACUAUGAUUAUCAGCAACAAAUUGGCGAAUCAGAAAAUAUGUAUAAGCUAUUGGGCUUAAAUCUCCUGUAUCUUUUGUCGGUAAAUCGUGUUUCAGAAUUCCACACCGAAUUGGAAUUGUUACAAGCCGAAAUUAUACACUCCAAUAAGUAUAUCUGUCCCAUUUUGGCAUUAGAACAGUAUAUAAUGGAAGGACGUUAUAAUAAAAUCUUUCAAGCUAAGAGUUGUGCCCCUUCCGAAAUCUAUUGCUAUUUUAUGGACAUUUUGUUGUGCACAGUGCGUGAUGAAAUCGCCGCUUGCAUUGAAAAGGCCUAUGAGAAGAUUUCUAUAGAGGAAGCCAGCAAGAGGCUUAAUCUAAAAUCCAUGGAAGAGGUUAAAGCUUUUGGCAAGAAACGCAACUGGAAAUUGGCAGCUGAUAAUGUUUAUAGUUUUGUUGAUAAAUCGAUAAAACCCAAAGAAAUUCUACCAUCUGUGGAAUUGGCCGAACAGGCCAUUUUCUAUGCUCGCGAAUUAGAAAUGAUUGUUUAGAACAGCUCACUUAUUUAAUAAACAUUCAAAAAUGUA